AUGGGCAUUUUUGGUCUUCUUGACUGCCUGUUGGGGAAUGCAGGACCCUUUGCUUCUGGAGAUUGGAUCCUUCCUGAUCUUACAAUUCAAGGGUCUAUGCAACUCAACUGCCAUCUACAAACCUUUCCUGAUACAUACUAUUUCAGCUAUGCCACCAAACGUACUAGGAGAAUGUUUGGUAUCACUGUUCCUUCAAGCAUCUUUGGAAUCCACCCAUUGCUUUUUAUAAGAGUGUUGCAGAUGAGUCAGUGGCGUCACCCUCCAGAUAAUUCAGUAGAAGGAACUCUACUGAUUUUCAACAGUAAUGAAAACUCUGUUGAAGCAUAUUAUACAUCUGUCUUUAAAUGUGUGCACAGGGAUGAGGAUUGGCAGGACAAUGAUGGAGCACUCAACACCAUAUCUAUGACCCACCCUCGUAUUCCAGUCGAACACCAAAGUCAAUUUGUUGCACAUGAUUCGGAGUGUCAACCCUUGCAACCAGGAAUAUGGUAUUACAAGAUUGUGGAAGGGGAUCACAUAUUGUUCAUUGUGAAUAGGGAUAGAGCAGGACCUCAAUUUGACAUGAUAUAUGAUAGUAUUUUUGAGCGUUGUAGAAAACACGCCUUUAGGAAGAGUAGACAAACUUUACCAAACGAAAUCCAUCAAUAG